UUUCUUACGCUCACAUUUUCCUUCAAAACGAACUUCUUCACCCUUUCUUGCUUACCAAACUCUCUCUAGCCUAAUCUCAUGGCAGCUCCAUCCCCUAACCUCGAGCUCCGACCCUUGGGAAACACUGGGCUGAAGGUGAGUUCUGUGGGUUUUGGGGCCGCCCCUCUUGGUAGAGUCUUCGGCCCCGUCUCUGAAGACGAGGCCAUCGCCUCUGUCCGUGAAGCCUUCCGCCGUGGCAUCAAUUUCUUUGACACCUCUCCGUACUAUGGAGGAACAUUGUCAGAGAAGAUGCUUGGUAAGGGACUUAAAGCCCUAGGAGUUCCUAGAAAUGAAUAUGUAGUGUCAACAAAGUGUGGACGGUAUAUAGAGGGCUUUGAUUUUAGUGCUGAAAGAGUAACUAGGAGCAUUGAUGAGAGUUUGGAGAGGUUGCAAUUGGACUAUGUUGAUAUACUGCAAUGCCAUGAUAUUGAGUUUGGGUCUCUUGAUCAGAUUGUGAAUGAAACAAUUCCUGCCCUUCAGAAACUAAAGGAAGCACGGAAGAUUCGUUUUAUUGGUAUAACUGGACUUCCAUUAGGAAUCUUUACUUAUGUGCUCGAUCAGGUACCACCUGGUACAGUUGAUGUGAUUCUCUCAUAUUGUCACUACAGUAUUAAUGAUUCGACAUUGGAGGAUUUACUGCCUUAUCUGAAGAGCAAAGGUGUGGGUAUAAUUAGUGCUUCCCCACUUGCAAUGGGACUCCUUACAGAGAAUGGCCCUCCAGAGUGGCACCCAGCCUCUCCUGAGCUAAAGUCUGUGUGCCAAGCUGCUGCUGCCUAUUGUAAAGAGAAGGGAAAGAGUAUUACCAAGUUAGCAAUGCAAUACAGUUUGUCAAACAAGGAUAUCUCUUCGGUUCUGGUUGGCAUGAACUCUGUUGGACAGGUCGAGGAAAAUGUUACUGCUGCCAUAGAACUUGCAAAAUUUGGAAAGGAUCAAGAAACACUAGCUGAGAUUGAAGCUAUUCUGAGCCCUGUCAAGAAUCAGACAUGGCCGAGUGGAAUCCAAAAGAGCUGAUGGUUUGGCCAUCUCUAAAUCCUUUAAAAUUCUGCCCCAAGAGAGGGUCAUGAUCAUCACUCAGUAUUAUGCUGAUGGAUCUGGAGCUUAAUAAAUUGCAUGAUUUGUUCAUUCGUCUCAUGAAACGUUCAAGAGGUGUAUAAUAACCUGAUAUUGUAAUCAAAUUGACUUCAAAACUUAGAUUCAGUUUGUUUCAAGUUAUAGCAACACCAUAAUUUUCAA